AUACAAAUCACCGCAGAGGUCCCUUUCCCCCGUCUCCACGAGCGCUCCUCUGCUCGCCCCCGAAUCCGCAGCCAUCGCCUGAUCCUCCGCCCGGAGUGCCCGCCCGCCUCUCCGGCGCCAGCCGCCGUGGAUUCCUCCCCGUGUCCAUCACGUCUCUCUCCCCUCGCAGAAAAUAUGGAUGGACCAGUAGAGAAUCUUGCUGGACAUGAUGUUGGAGCAAUGCCUGAAAAUCCUUAUGGUGGAGAACAACUGAACCCAUACAAUGAUGUGGGAAAGCAGUAUAGUGAAGAGCUGGGUAACCAGUACAACGAACAACCUAGUGACCAACAUGACGAAGGGUCUGGGAAUCAAUAUAGUGAAGAACAAGUAAACUUGUUGAGCGAAGAACAUGGGAAUCAGUACAACGAGCAGCCGGCAAACCCUUACCAGGAAGAGCUGGAUAAUGCACACAACAGGGACAUGAGACAACAGGACAACUCACAGGUUAAUAUUGACGAUAAGAGAUGGCCUGGUUGGCCAGGAGAGAGUGUUUUUCGUAUGCUGGUGCCAGCCCAGAAGGUAGGUUCUAUCAUUGGCCGCAAAGGGGAGUUUAUCAAGAAGAUGUGCGAGGAGUCUAAAGCUCGCAUCAAAAUACUGGAUGGCCCACCUGGUGUACCAGAAAGAGCAGUAAUGAUUUCAGCAAAGGAUGAGCCAGAUGCACCAAUAUCUCCAGCUAUGGAUGGCUUACUUAGAGUUCAUAAACGAAUAACUGAUAGUUCAGAUGGUGAAUCUGGCCAGCCUCAACGAAGUGCUGGUAAUAUAGGACCAACACGACUCCUAGUGCCAGCUUCACAAGCUGGAAGCCUUAUUGGAAAGCAGGGAGCAACUAUUAAAUCCAUACAAGAUUCUUCAAAGUCUGUUGUCCGUAUUGUUGAGAAUGUGCCUCCUGUUGCAUUAAACGAUGACAGAGUUGUGGAGAUACAAGGUGAGCCUCUUUGUGUCCGCAAAGCAGUGGAAUUAAUAGCAAGUCACUUGAGAAAAUUUCUUGUCGACCACAGUGUUCUCCCACUGUUUGAAAUGCAAAUGAAAAUGCACAAUAUGCAGAGGGAGCAGGCAAUGCCAGCUCCUCAGCAUUGGGGCCCUCCUCAACCCUGGGGACCUCCUCCAAAUCUUCCUCCAGGUGGUCCAGACUAUGGUGGAAAUCAACAGUUCAUGCCUCCAAGGUCACAAGACAAUUACUAUCGUCCUCCUGAUGUCCCCCCUAUGGAAAAGCAGCCACAUUAUGGUAUUUCUGCAUAUGGACGUGAGGCCACACAAAGUGGUGUUUCUGCCGCAGGGAAUCAACCACCCCCUCAUGCGGGUAAUCAGGUGACACAUAGCAUGCAAAUUCCCCUUUCCUAUGCUGAUGCCGUUAUUGGGGCAGCAGGUGCUAGUAUCAGCUAUAUCCGUAGGCACAGUGGUGCAACAGUAACUAUUCAAGAAAGCAGAGGUGCACCUGGAGAGAUGACCGUGGAGAUAAUUGGGAGUGCAUCCCAGGUUCAGACUGCCCAGCAACUGAUCCAGAAUUUCAUGGCGGAAGCUGCUCCCCAAGGCCCACCGCCGGCUUCUAACCCUCCAGCUCCGCCAAUUGAUCCGAGCCACGGCUCUUACCCACCACCAUAUGGAGCAGCAGCACCCUAUGGUUCUUCGGCAGGCGCCGGGCCUCCUCCACAGUAUAACGGAGGGAACUACGGUGGCCCGACAUACCCUCCCAGCUAUGGAUAUUAGUAGCAGCAAGCUUAGGAUCUGUUUCUUUUUUCUCUGGUGUGAUGAUAAGGAUUUUGGUGCUGAAUAAUGACAGUUCUGGAUUCCCUCUUGCUACUUUAUUUCUGAUAAAGAUUAUGACAUUAGUCACGUUCA